GCCGCCGCCCACGUCACCGCGCCGCGCGCACGUCACGCCGGCCCGACGCUCGGCCAGGGUGAGCCCCGCGUCCCGGCGCCACUCGGCCCAGGGCAGGGACCCCGCCACGGCCGGGACCGCCCGGUCUGGCCCCCGCCCGCGCCUCCCCGCGCCGCCCGGCGCCCCGCGCCGCGCCCUCCCCGCGCCCGCGCCCGCGCGGCCAGACCGGGCAGCCAGAAAAAUCAUUUUUCUUCUCUGGGAGGGUGAACAUUUAUAGCAUUGAUUUCCCGGAUCUGGUAACAUGGCAAAAGAUGCCGGUCUAAUUGAAGCCAACGGAGAACUCAAGGUCUUCAUAGACCAGAACCUUAGUCCCGGAAAAGGCGUGGUGUCCCUUGUGGCCGUUCACCCCUCCACCGUCAACCCGCUUGGGAAGCAGCUCUUGCCAAAAACCUUUGGACAGUCCAAUGUCAACAUUGCCCAGCAAGUGGUAAUUGGUACGCCUCAGAGACCAGCAGCAUCAAACACCCUCGUGGUAGGAAGCCCACACACCCCCAGCACUCACUUUGCCUCCCAGAACCAGCCUUCCGACUCCUCACCUUGGUCUGCCGGGAAGCGCAACAGGAAAGGAGAGAAGAAUGGCAAGGGCCUGCGGCAUUUCUCCAUGAAGGUCUGCGAGAAGGUGCAGAGGAAAGGGACCACUUCCUACAACGAAGUGGCGGACGAGCUGGUUGCGGAGUUCAGCGCUGCCGACAACCACAUCUUACCAAACGAGUCGGCUUAUGACCAGAAGAACAUAAGACGGCGCGUCUACGAUGCCUUAAACGUGCUGAUGGCCAUGAACAUCAUCUCCAAGGAGAAGAAGGAGAUCAAGUGGAUUGGUCUGCCCACCAACUCGGCUCAGGAAUGUCAGAACUUAGAGGUGGAAAGACAGAGGAGACUUGAAAGAAUAAAACAGAAACAGUCUCAACUUCAAGAACUUAUUCUACAGCAAAUUGCCUUCAAGAACCUGGUGCAGAGAAACCGGCACGCGGAGCAGCAGGCCAGCCGGCCGCCGCCGCCCAACUCGGUCAUCCACCUGCCCUUCAUCAUCGUCAACACCAGCAAGAAGACUGUCAUUGACUGUAGCAUCUCCAAUGACAAAUUCGAGUAUCUGUUUAAUUUUGAUAACACAUUCGAAAUCCACGAUGACAUAGAAGUGCUAAAGCGGAUGGGCAUGGCGUGCGGGCUGGAGUCCGGGAGCUGCUCUGCUGAAGACCUUAAAAUGGCCAGAAGCCUGGUCCCAAAGGCCCUGGAGCCGUACGUGACAGAAAUGGCUCAGGGAACUGUUGGAGGCGUGUUCAUCACGACGGCAGGUUCCACGUCUAACGGCACGAGGUUCUCCGCCAGUGACCUGACCAACGGUGCAGAUGGGAUGCUGGCCACAAGCUCCAACGGGUCUCAGUACAGUGGCUCCAGGGUGGAGACCCCAGUGUCCUACGUCGGGGAAGACGACGAGGACGACGAGGACUUCAAUGAGAAUGACGAGGACGACUGACAUCCUCCCCACUUCAAAUUCAGCUUCAGGAAAACGUUUAGGGAAAAGAAACUUUUUUUUUUUAAUGUGGGUUUUCUGUUUCCUUUUGGCCUACUCCCAAGAAGAUAUUGGUAAGCUAUUGAAUUUAGAUAUGCACCUCUGAUAAGCAAGGAUUGUUUCCCGUAGGAUUAGGACGUGCUGUGGAUGUGUGUUUUGAUACCAGUGUGCUGAUGCAGAGCAUUUAUUUACUUUUUAGGAUUUUGUGUUUUCAUUUUUCUGGUUUUCUCUAAGUGCAGAGUUCAUUUUUGCCCCUGAACAGUUUUUGCUGAGUCUGCUGAAGAAAUUGUAUUUCAUCCACAUCCAUGAAAAUAAAACACCCUCCUGUGGUGGAUGGUAAGAACCUGAUGCCAUUUAUUUGCCGUGAGUUUGGACGGCACCCCCGCUGGUGGAUAGCAGGACUCUGUGGAAUGUUCCGUUUGUUCAGUGGUACGGUGUCCAGAGCCCCAAGCAAACAGGAGAAUUCGACUUUCUAAACAAUAAACUUCAUCAACCUUAUUGACUUCAUUUUCCCUUAAAUUAUAUUGACUGUUGUGAUUCCAUCAAGCUUAUAAACUCUUUUCUCUCCCUAUUUGCAGCAACAAAUUGCAAAGUGCUUUUGUUUGUU